UUUAUAAUGCUGCACACACCAGAAGUGUGAAUGUCGUGGUGACAAUCAUGCACCGCAAGUUAAUUCAUUCGUAUCAAGCUUAUAAAACGCUUGUUUUAGUCCGACAGCUGCGUCAACUGCCACAGAAAUGUGUGCCCAACGUGCCGGUGUGCUCCCGAGCUUUCAGCUCUGGCGCGUCGUCGUCUCAGGGAGAUGGAGCCCCAGCGCCCCCUGCAGGCGCCACACAGAAGCACAGCUCUGCACAACAACAACAGCAGCAGGAGGAGAAGAAGAAGCCCAUGGUAGAGGCCACUCCGGCAGCAGAGGUCACUCCUGUGGUAGACACAGCUCCUGCUGACGUGACUGCACCUCCUGUAGUGGACGCAGAGACGACUCCUGUAGUGACAGCAGCUCCGGCGGCAGAGACAGCUCCGGCAGUGACAGCAGCUCCUGUAGUGGACGCAGCUCCGGUGGCAGAGACGGCUCCUGUAGUGGACGCAGCUCCGGCGGCAGAGACGGCUCCUGUUGACGUGACUUCAGUUCCGGCGGCAGAGACGGCUCCAGGUACUACUCUAGAGGCUCCUGUGGAGACGGCUCCUUCCGCUGCUUCUGUAGUUGAUUCAGCUCCUCCUUUGACGCGACUCCUGUAG